CUUCUUCUUCCUCUCUGGUAAAGUCUCUGCCUUUCUCUCUCUCUUUUGACAAAGCCAUGUUUGGUGACAAGGACCGCAGCAACGUUCUCCUUGCCGCCGGAGACGAGGCUUCUCAGAGCAAGGUGACCCGCCACGUCUCUAAGCAACACAACAACAACAACAACAACAACCCGGAAAAGAAGACGGGUCUUAAUUUCCUCAGGGGUUCAGACUCCGAUGGGUUUCAGUCAAAGUCUAACUUCGGGUCUCAGGAGCUUACCCUGAGCUAUCUCUGUGAUAACUCCAAGCUGGGAUUUCUGGAGAAAGGUAAGGAAAUCAUGGUCCCCGAGAAUCCAAGCCAUGAUCACAAAUGGGUUGAGAGGGAUUUCCUCAAUCUAAACGAGUCCAGCAGGCCCAACUCUUCAAAGCGUGAGCUUGGUGAAGAUGUUGAGAGAGACAAUAGAGACAAGAAACCCAAGCUUGAGACUUUGAAUCUCUCUCUGGCUCUGCCUCAGGUAUCAUUAUCUCUCACUGCCUCAAACAACGGUGAGCCUUCUAUGGCAAUAAGGCCCAGGAGUACUGCUAUGGCACCUUCAACCAAUACAUUAACCACUUAUUCCAAUGAUUACACAGCUGCUUCUUUAUCUUACUCUUAUUCGCAUCCCUAUUCGCACAAUCCAAGUUGCUCUCUGACUCGAAAUUCGACAGAGAAUUUCGAGUGUUCUGUAGGGAAGGAUGAUCAAAUUUGGAACUGUGGGGAGGGCACUAAUGGUUCUGUUCAUAGCAGGUUCAAGCCGAUUGGGGAUGGAGUUGGAUUGGCAAAUCCUGGGGGGAUUUUGUCGAUGAUGCAGAGUAAUAACACUCGAAUGGAUUCAGGUACUAAUAGUCUUUAUAGGACAACUAGCUCUGAUAAUAACCAGUCCUUUUUUCCAUCUGAAUUGCCUGCUAAGCCUAGAAUGGAUACUCAUAGUGGAGAUUCGAGAGGGAGAGGUUCGGAGAGUUUGAGGGGUUUGGAGGGUGGAGAUGGGAGAGUUAGGAAGCUUUCUAGGCCGGAGAGAAUUCUUCGCGAAAUUGUAUCCGAGUCUAUACCUGUCAUGGCUCAGGAGGUUCAGAAGCUUCCUGAGGAAACCCUUUCAUCGACUAAUGAGUACUUGAGGAAUCUGAUUGCAAUGCCUGAGAAGAAAGAGGAGUUUGUCAGCCUUCAGAAAAGGCUUGAGAGGAGGUCUGAUCUUACAAAGGAGAAUCUUUCAAAGUGUCACAGGGAUCAGUUGGAGAUUCUGGUUGCGGUGAAAAUGGGGCUUGCGAGCUUUAUAUCUGGGAAAAACCGCCUUUCGGCAACUGAGCUGAUGGAGACUUUCUUGUUUACGAGAUGUAGGAAUGUCAAUUGCAAGAGUUUGUUGCCUGUUGAUGAUUGUGACUGCAAGAUUUGCUCGGGGAAUAAGGGGUUUUGUAGUUCAUGUAUGUGUCCUGUGUGUUUGAAUUUUGACUGUGCCAGUAACACCUGUAGUUGGGUUGGAUGUGAUGUUUGUUCGCAUUGGUGCCAUGCUGCUUGUGGUAUUCAGAAGAAUCUCAUUAGGCCUGGUCCGAGCUUGAAGGGGCCUUCAGGGACAACGGAGAUGCAAUUCCAUUGCAUUGGAUGCGGUCAUGCUUCGGAAAUGUUUGGGUUUGUUAAGGAUGUGUUUCUGUGCUGUGCAAAGGACUGGGGACUAGAGACCCUUGUUAAGGAGCUUGACUGUGUUAAGAAAAUUUUUAGGAGAAGUGAAGAUUUUAAAGGCCGGGAACUGCAUAUCAAGGCUGAUGAGAUUAUCUCCAAGCUAGGAAGCCAAGUGAUGUCUCCUUCAGAUGCCUGCAAUUUUAUUAUCCAGUUUUUCAACUAUACAGAUGGUGUGUCAGAAUAUCCAGCUUCUAGUAUAACCACAUCCUCAACCAAAGAGUUGGCAGCUCCUCAAACCAGCCUUAGGAAAGAAGCGACCCUUAUUUCACAACCUGCUUCUCUACCUCCAAAAUAUGCUGCUUACAACACAAGUUCCAGUGUACAAUCUGAUUUAUUGUCAAAUGAUCUCCGUCAGAUUGACUUAAAAUCUUCCCUCAUUAGUACUGAGGAUGAGUUCCGGUUUGGAACAGUACCGAAAAUAGAAGGGUUUGACAGUUUGGAAAGCAUGGUGAGGAUAAAGCAUGCUGAAGCUGGAAUGUACCAGAGCAAGGCAGACGAAGCACGGAGAGAAGCAGAAGGUUACCGACAGAUGAUUCGGGAAAAUAAAGAGAAGGUGGAGGAAGAGUAUGCUGGAAAGUUGUCCGGAUUGAGUUUGAAAGAGACAGAGGAAAAGCGAAGGAAGAAACUGGAGGAGCUCAAAGUUUUGGAAGGUUCACAUUGUGAUUAUUACAACAUGAAGACAAGGAUGCAAGCUGAGAUUGCUGGCUUGUUGGCGAAAAUGGAAGCGACAAAGCAGCAACAACGGGUGUAGCUUCUCCUUUGUUUUCCUUUAACAUCAAUUUCUCAGAUUAAUUGUGUAGCUCAUCAAUCUUAUUGCCAUUUUGGAUUCUGCUAGUUACUUCAAAUCAAAGUGAAUGGUUGUUUCCCUUUUUGUAGUCUUUUGCAGAAGAUCGAUUGUUCCCGUAUUAAAAAGUACCUAUUUUUUUGUAAUGAGGUUUAUAAGGUGUUGUACUAUAAGGUGAGAAUUGAUUCGCUUACAUUAAAGCAUGAUGAUGAAGGGUUAAAAGAGAACAAGCUGGUCUUACUUUUUGGCCUUAGCUAGGUGGGAUAGCUGGCAUCAUUUUCUUUCUGCAUAUGCAAUCAUAUAUUCUUUUG